AUGGCCAAGAAUUCGGCAGUAGACAUGUUAAUCAAGAACAUUUACUUUCAGAUGUUUGCAGCAGUUCUCAGAAAAACGAUUAUUCUGUUCUGGGCUAUUUGGGAAGCUCGCAAUGCUUUGGUCUUUUCGGACUUGGAUAGCAAUCCUAUAGAGGUUCUACAAACGGCUACUCGCUUCCAAAAUGAUUUUUCCAGGCUCACUCCUAGACGCCUGACUGUCAACGCACCAAGUAGGGAUUCUGAGGCAGCAGCAAAUGCAACAUGGUCUCCUCCUCCGGUUAGUGAGAUCAAAAUUAACUUUGAUGGUGCUUAUCGAAAGGAUGACAAAAUGGGAGUUGGUGCGUGUGUUGCCCGAGACCAUGACGGCAGACCAAUUCAUUCUUGUGCAAAAAGUUUUGAUAAUGUGUCCUCUCCGGCUUUGAUUGAAGCAUUGGCGUUAAGAGAAGCGAUUUUGCUAGCUCGAAGACUUCGGAUUCGGAAUCCUUUUUUCGAAGGAGAUGCUAAAUCCAUUAUUGAUUUCAUGUCCGGGAAAGGCAAUGUAGGCAGCGAUUGUGAAGUGAUUUUGAUCGACUGUAAAGUUCUUUGCGAGCAGUCUAAUUUCACUCAUUUUACAUUUAUUUAUAGACAUUGUAAUUGGGUGGCUCAUGAUGUAGCCAAGAAAGCCCUUAGAGAUCCGUUGUUUUGUAACAAUUCCCUAGCACAAGUGGUGUAG